CGCGAUCAUAGCAGAAGAGAUGGCGGAGCGGCAAUUCAAGAUCAAAGUGGGCACCUUGCGUCGGGUGAAGAAGGACUUGGAAUAUUACGCGAAGGAGCACGCAGCGCAGCAGGACAAGAUCGCAAAGAUGCGCGCAGACGGCAAGGACGAGCACGAUAUCCGUAAGCAGGAGGAAGUGCUGGUAGAGACGGAGACGAUGCUGCCAGACUGUCAGAGUCGUCUCAAAGAGGCAGCCACCGACGUCUCCAACUUCAUCGAGGCUCAUCGCGACGAGGUGGAGUCCCUCGAGAUCUUCAAAGAGGCCCAGGAGAUACUCGCCGCCAUCCCUACGCUAUCUCAGUAGAAUACAGCAUCGAUCUGUAACGAGACACUAAUUGACACUCUAUUCCCUAAUUUUUACGGGAGGUUUUAGAAUCGAGUGACACUAAACGCGAGUUUGGUUGGUACUUUGCGCUCUGGAGAGCAGCGACUUGCCUGCUUUUCCGGUGACAAACUUGGUAGAUUGAG